AUGUGUUUUCCUAUUCAUAAAGGAGAAGGAAUUCUUGUGUCUCAAGGCAAGACAACUGGACAGAGUUCUACCUAUCAACAUUAUGAAUCAAGACUAGGCGUUGACGGAGUAAAAGAACCAUACAAUCACUUUCAUACACUUGUUGAACUCGAGCCUUUCUGGUGGGUCAAUCUCGGUCAAGUAUACAAGAUACAGAAGGUGGUCAGUACAAAUCGGAAUGCAUGUAACCAGUGUAAUGAUCGACUCAAGAAAAUGGUUAUUUAUGUCGGAAAUAGCUUAGAUACGUGUCAAAUGAAGCUAUGUGGUCAGUUCAUUGGUCCAGCUGCACCUAAACAGAUCAUAGUUACACCAUGUUUUGCAUUACCAGAAGGACAAAUAGUAAAAUUAACCAGUGUUAAUACCGCAGCACCAGAUUACUUUCAUCUUUCCGAAGUUGAAGUGUAUGGUUUUUAG